AUGAAUGGCGAUGAUGAUGAUGAUGAUGAUAAUGUUCACGAUAGCAUCGGCAGUAGUGCAACAUUACCAAAUGCCAAUAAAAGUGACAAAAGUAGGAAUUCUCUACUCUGUUUUAAAAGAAAGAAGUCACCAUACAAGACUAAAGGUACCACGCCUAGUGACAGUAAAAUUAAGAAACCUACACUUUCAACAAAGCCUUCCAGUGAAGCUACACUUUCAAAAGAUACAACCCCUAUAAAACAUCAAGCUAAAACGUCAAGAAAUUCGCCAAUAUCUUUCACAAACAUUACUGAAAUAUCUCUGUCUAAAAAAGAAGAUGAAGUAAAAAGGAAGUCAUUCAAGGAUGAAGAUCAUGGUGUCACUGAAACUACAAUACAACACAGAGACAUAGAAUCACAUGAACCUGUGAAAACUGAAGUUGAAGAGGUUGAAAAGUUAUCACUUGAAGAGUAUGUUCUACUUCAGGAGAAUUUCGACUAUUACAACAGAAAUACAGACCAAAGACAAGAAGAGCAGCUGGAACAACCACAACCGCCACCAACACAACAACAACAAAUGAGUUCGGAUGAUCAAGAACUCGUCAAAAGUGAAGCUGUAGCAUUUGACGGAAACCUGUGCAAAAUGCAAUCGUCAUCACAAGAUGAUGAUAUAAGCAAAUCACCCUAUUUGCCUGUUCUAACUGACCAAAAUGAAAAUCUAGAAAAUUAUCCAACAUCAAUAGGUACUGAACAGUUUGCUAUACAAAAAUAUCCCCGUGAAUGUUGUGAAUGCUGUCGAAAUCAUCAUCUUUCUAUUACAUAUUGUUCUCCAUCCUUAUUACCAGAUGACUCUGAUGCAGUGCUGAAAGAAGAAAAUAUCCUCCCGGGUACUUUAAAUUUAAGAAUAGUCCAGUCAAUUGAUAAUACUGAACAUGUACUUGCAGAGAAUAAAAUUUCCUUGAAUACAUUAUUUCAACCAGAUGUUGAAACACUGGAUGCAUUAGAUCCUCUGAAAGCAGUGUAUAAUGCAACUGAGCGAAAUGCCCUAUCAAAACAUGAGCCUCCACUGAAUCAGACAACUGCUACAAGCUCUAAAACUACCCAACAUUGUGAACUGCCAUCUGUUAAACUCACUAUUACAGCUUCUACAUCAAGUCCACAAAAGUGUAAAUUCAAUGAAAGAAAUAAUUAUUGUAUGUGUGGUUGUUCUCUUGUUAACAAGAAUACAAAUAUGCAGCGUGAACAAACAAUCGGAAAUUCGUCUGCAGAAUGUCGAACAGAUGAGGAGUUUUCUAGACAGUACAGUACUGAGUCUAAAGUACAAUUAUCACAGUCACAACCACAGCCAUUGCCAUUGCCACUGCCAUUGCCAAGAGAAUCGCAGAGAACACCAACACCACCGCCAAGAUCAGAAACACCGACACUGACACCGACACCGCCACCAUCACCACCAUUGUCAAUAUCAAAACAAUCUGAACUGUCGAAAUCAGUACGGACUAUGACAUCAUCGACAACAGCUUUUCAAACUCCAGCAUUACUAAUACUGCCUGAAACAGAUAUACAAAAGUCGGGAGAAUCAGCGCCAAGUGUGUCAUCAACCAAAAUAAUAGCAGCAGCAGCACAGAAACACCCACCUGCAACACCAUAUGAACGAAUAGUGUGUAAUUGUUCAGUGAAAGCCAAUCACUGUCACUGUUCGAAUAGAAUAUGCACCACUUUCAAGCAAAUUGAACAAAUGCACUAUCCGUACAACUGUAAGCCAUAUAAAUAUAUUCUUUGUCCUGCAGAUAAAGGCUUACAACAGUGUGAUUGUAUAAUUCUGUGUAAUCAUCAUAACGGACUGAGUGUAAGUCGACAGUAA